UUAGAUGACAGUGCCUCUGCUGCAAGUAGCAUGGAGGUGACGGACCGCAUUGCUUCACUGGAGCAGCGAGUCCAGAUGCAAGAAGAUGACAUCCAGCUGCUCAAGUCAGCUCUGGCCGAUGUGGUUCGGCGGCUGAACAUCACCGAGGAACAGCAGGCCGUCCUUAACAGGAAGGGACCGACCAAAGCAAGACCGCUGGUGCAGACCCUGCCUUUAAGAACCACUGUCAACAAUGGCACCGUGUUACCAAAGAAACCAGGUGGCUCUCUGCCAUCCCCCUCGGGAGCCAGGAAGGAGACCGCUGUGCCCGCAGCCAAAAGAUUAAACAGGUCUGUGAGCCUUCUCAAUGCAUGCAAACUGAGUAGAUCAACACCAAGGGGAGGUACCAUCAAAAGGACCAGCUCUUCUGAACGAGUCUCUCCUGGUGGUCGAAGGGAGAGCUAUGGGGACUCCAAAGGAAACCGAAAUCGAACGGGAUCCACCAGCAGUUCUUCUAGUGGCAAAAAGAACAGUGAAAGCAAACCCAAGGAGCCUGUGUUCAGCUCAGAAGAAGGAUAUGUAAAAAUGUUUCUUCGCGGACGCCCUGUUACCAUGUACAUGCCCAGAGAUCAAGUGGAUUCUUACAGUCUGGAAGCAAAAGUAGAGCUCCCAACCAAGAGACUGAGACUGGAAUGGGUCUAUGGGUACAGGGGUCGAGACUGUCGGAACAACCUGUACUUGCUUCCGACGGGCGAGACUGUGUAUUUCAUCGCGUCGGUGGUUGUGCUGUACAACGCGGAGGAACAGCUUCAGAGGCAUUACGCUGGUCACAACGAUGAUGUCAAGUGCCUAGCAGUUCAUCCCGAUAGGAUCACAAUAGCAACAGGACAAGUUGCAGGUACUUCUAAGGAUGGAAAACAAUUACCCCCUCAUGUACGCAUCUGGGAUUCUGUGACGUUGAAUACACUGCAUGUUAUCGGAACCGGGUUUUUUGAUCGAGCGGUCACCUGUAUCGCAUUCUCAAAAUCUAAUGGAGGAAGCAACCUGUGUGCCGUGGACGACUCCAACGACCACGUGCUGUCCGUGUGGGACUGGCAGAAGGAGGAGAGGCUGGCUGACGUGAAGUGUUCUAACGAAGCUGUGUUUGCUGCCGAUUUCCACCCCACGGACACCAAUAUCAUAGUUACCUGUGGAAAAUCUCAUCUCUACUUCUGGACACUAGAAGGAAGCUCCCUUAUUAAGAAGCAAGGAUUAUUCGAGAAACAAGAAAAGCCAAAGUUUGUCCUCUGUGUGACUUUCUCUGAAAAUGGUGACACCAUUACUGGAGAUUCGAGCGGCAACAUCUUAGUCUGGGGAAAAGGUACAAAUCGAAUAAGCUAUGCAGUUCAAGGGGCCCACGAGGGUGGUAUUUUUGCACUUUGUAUGUUAAGGGAUGGUACGCUGGUGUCAGGAGGAGGGAAGGACCGAAAACUCAUUUCUUGGAAUGGAAACUAUCAAAAACACCAUAAGACUGAGAUUCCCGAACAGUUCGGUCCGAUACGGACAGUGGCCGAGGGGAAAGGGGAUGUGAUCUUGAUCGGCACAACUAGGAAUUUUGUUCUCCAGGGCACCCUAACCGGGGACUUCACACCCAUUACUCAGGGUCACACCGAUGAACUCUGGGGACUGGCCAUCCAUGCCUCCAAGCCUCAGUUCUUGACCUGUGGGCACGACAGGCAUGCCACCCUCUGGGAUGCUGUUGGCCACCGGCCCCUCUGGGACAAAGUCAUUGAGGAUCCAGCUCAGUCUUCUGGUUUUCAUCCUUCAGGGUCUGUGGUUGCAGUUGGAACACUGACGGGAAGGUGGUUUGUGUUUGACACAGAAACAAAAGACUUGGUCACCGUUCACACGGACGGAAACGAACAGCUCUCUGUGAUGCGUUACUCACCAGAUGGGAAUUUCCUAGCAAUUGGUUCUCAUGACAACUGUAUCUAUAUCUACGGAGUCAGCGAGAAUGGGAGGAAGUACGCCCGAGUUGGCAAGUGCUCAGGUCAUUCCAGCUUCAUCACUCACUUGGACUGGUCGGUAAACUCACAGUUCCUCGUGUCAAAUUCAGGAGACUAUGAAAUCCUUUACUGGGUUCCCUCUGCUUGUAAGCAGGUCGUAAGCGUGGAAACAACGAGAGACAUUGAAUGGGCUACAUACACCUGCACUUUGGGGUUCCAUGUCUUUGGAGUGUGGCCAGAAGGUUCAGACGGAACUGACAUCAAUGCUGUCUGCCGGGCCCACGAGAAGAAGCUCCUGGCGACUGGGGACGACUUUGGCAAAGUGCACCUCUUCUCUUACCCCUGCUCCCAGUUCAGGGCACCAAGCCACGUGUACGGCGGGCACAGCAGUCAUGUCACCAAUGUCGAUUUCCUGCAUGCAGACAGCCACCUCAUCUCCACGGGUGGCAAGGACACAAGCAUCAUGCAGUGGCGGGUCAUUUAG